AUGGGGCUACGAGCGAUUCAUUCCAUGUCCUGCAGCAUCCCUUGGUAUCUUCUCUUCACCGCACGUACAACAACUGGUAUUUAUCCCUUAAUCAAGGAUAGCAUUACACUGUCAGCUGCCGAACUGGAAUGUUUUCCAACUGCGUACCGACUGGCUCCGAAAUUGGCUCGCACAGUAUUCUCUAUGGUCGAAACACCCACAAGCAACCGAUACGCUCACAGUACACGAACGUGGACUCGAAUUGGUCUCAAUUGCAAUUCCUAUACCCUGGCCUCCGAUUACACCCAACUGCAAGUCCUGUUACCUGGCCCAGACGGAUAUCAACAGCCAGUUUUGUAA